AAGUGAAUGAAUAAACGCAACAAAUUCAAAUUUGCAUCUCUUCCCCGAACCCCCACAUCCGCCCUCCCCCGCCGGCGCCUCUCGCGCUGCGCCUAUGGCCGCCCCGAAUGCAUUCGUUACCCUAGUCACCUCCGACCGAUACCUUCCCGGCGCACUCGCCCAGGUCGCCGCCAUCGCCGACCUCCAUCCCAAGGAAGCGCACGAACCCCAUGAACACUUUCAGACCGUCUGCCUUGUCACUCCAGAAACCGUCGAUGUGUCCACGAUCAAGGCUCUCAGGGGCGCCUUCAACGUCGUUGUCGGCGUCGAGAUCAUUGAGCAGGAAGACGACAAGGGCCUAAGGCUGCUUGUGGAGCCCUUGAGCUUGGAAAUGCCUCUGGGUCGCCCGGAUCUCAACACUGUCCUUACAAAGCUGCAUAUAUUCCGCCUCACCCAGUACGAGAAGAUAAUAUUCCUCGAUGCCGAUGUCCUCCCCGUUCGUCCGCUCUCUCAUCUCUUCGCUCUCCCCCACGAAUUCUCUGCGGUCCCGGACGUAGGCUGGCCGGAUAUAUUUAACUCUGGCGUACUUGUCUUCUCUCCUGGCGAGGACAAAUUCAACGAGCUGCGCGAGCUGCUCAAGUCGAAAGGCUCUUGGGACGGCGGCGAUCAGGGCCUGCUGAACGAAUGGCGAGGCGAGAACUGGAACCGGCUUAGCUUCACGUAUAAUACUACGCCGACAGCCGCAUAUACGUACGCUCCUGCGUACGAGCGGUAUGGCUCCCAGAUCUCUGCCAUCCACUUCAUCGGCCCGCACAAGCCAUGGAACAACCUCGCAUAUAGGCACCCGUUUGUGGGCCGCCAGCCUGACACGGACCCGGGUCUCAAGCGCGCGUACGACUACGAUGCGCUGGUUGAUCGCUGGUAUGCUGUCUACGAUAGGCACUACCGCGCGGAAACCCCUGCGACGACAUCCCAAUUCGAAGUGCGCAAAUAUGUCGCUUCUUGGGAUGCGCAGGCCGGUACUGGUGACAAGGACUUGGCAUCUACUCCCGCCGUGAAGGCGGGCGGUGCGCUGGGGCUUGAUCAACUCCGUCGCCUUGCUAUCGAAGGUCUUAAUGCUGCUGGAGUCCCGCCACCGGAAGGUCCUAGACAAGGUGGCGAAUACAGGAGUAUGCCACUCGACGGUCGUAUUGACCUCAUGCGUCCGCCACCUCAGCCCUCUGAUAGUACUUCCUCGCCUAUCAAGCACGCCAUUGAAUUGGCCCAGCAACCCGGCCAUCCGUCUUAUCCUGGCCCCCCUUCUCGCUCAUCCCCCGGUGGUACCCCUACCCAGACAUCGCCGACGCCUGCACCCAGUGAAGUUCCGUCAAGUCCUCGCUUAUCGACUGUGUCGCUGCCGAAAGUCACUCCCGGUCCCUCUCGUCAAGGCUCCUACUCCAGCAAUAUCUUCGCGCCUCCAACACAGCAAUAUGAGCCUGGUCAUUCUCUCCUGUUUGAUAACGCACCUUCACAAUCGUCGCAACAAGGGCAACCUUCUUCCCAGCCCGAGGACCAGGCGCCUGGACAGCAUCAAUUGCAGCAACCGUACUUUGUUGAGCCGCCUACGGACCCUAUUCAACGAUAUCAACACGAGUUCCGGCAGUACGAGCAGCAGCGCAAGGAGUACCAGUACGAGCAGGCGCACCCCGAUGAGGUAUACCACGAGCGAAGUCACGAUGGCCAGCAUACACCUCAUGAUCAAACGCAAGGGCAUCACGAGCAAGCCCGACAUGAACAUCGCGAUCACGGAGCAGGUCACGACCAGCAGCAGCAGCAACACCAUCAGCAUCCUGUUGGUCAUCAGUCAUCGUCAGCUCCUCAGCCUCAGCAAUGGCAGGGGCAGGAUAUGCAGCAGCACGAGCGCCGUCGCUCUUCGGAGCCACCGCGCCCACCAUCCCCGCCUAAGUUGCUCUGGAACCCUGCUCGCGAACCACCACCCAACGUCCCACCGACCGCGAACGCAUUCCCGACGGACACCUACUUCCCGAACGCUUGGGACUCGGCUCCGCAACCCCCGCACAUACUCAACAAGACGCCGUCUCCCGGUGCACCCGCUGCCGCUGCCGCUGUGAGCCCUCCGGCAGAUAGCCGUGGGCUGUUUUCUCCACCCCCGCCGCCGGAGAUUCCUGUCGAGCUCCAGCUCCAAGGGCACUACCGUCGCGUGACGGGUGAGGACGAGCACCCUGAUAGGCACAAGGUCAAACCCGUCUUCCCUUGGGAGGAGAAACCGCGCGCCAAACCGGGGCGCGUGUUCCCGCACGGCGAGUCGCCCUCGCCGUCCGAGUUCAAGAUCCCGCUUCCAGAAGUCGAGCCUGAACCUGAAGCCCAACAGCCUGCGCCAGGCGUGCCUGCGGUGCAGACGACAUCCCCGACGAGGGUGUGGGAUACCCCGAGUCGCGCGUCGGAUAGCGACAGGACGCCGAGGGCGUCGCCGCCGGUGCAUGGAUUGCCGAGGACGCUGGCAUUUGCGAAUGCGUGGGACACGGUUCCGAGCAUCCAGAAGUACGCGGACAAGCUGCGCCCGCCGCCGCCUGUAGCGCGCGCACGCCCUGUAUCGCCCUUUGACGAGCAGGGAUGGCGCAGGAAGUUGGAGGAGCGGUCUGAUAUGAGCGCCGUAGACGGGGAUGACGAAGAGGACAGCGAGGACGAUGAUGUCCAGCCGCGACCGCGGGCGUAUAGCUCGGAUCAUGGUUCGCGAUCGUCUUCCUCGAGGCGCUCGAGGAGCGCAUCGUCAGUGUCGUCGAGCCACAGCUUCCAAAGCAAAAGGAAGCAGUACAGGUCGUUUGGGGUGCAGACGGAUACGGUGGAAACGAAGACGGUGGCCGUGCAAGUCGCAGUCGUUGCUCCCCCGCCGGUCCUCCAGGAGAAGAAGGCGCAGCGUGCGCGUGGGCCUGCACUGCUGCCAGCCGCUUCGGUGAGCGAUGCUGGUGGCCUGGGUUUAUCGCCAAUGAACGGUCAGACCGAGAGGCGUACUUCGCCUUUGGUGUCGCCCCGCGAGUUCGCCUACCCGACGACGAAUGCGUCCAAGCGCGCCAUGAAACCCGCUCAGACCUCCCCUCCCGUUCGCCCCGCCGUUGGUUCCAGCACGACCCCUCCUCGCCGCCAGUCUCCUGUAACGCAGACCAGCCCGCCCACGUCGCGCACCGUCAGCCGUAUCAAGACGACGUCGCCGCCUGCCUCUGUCGGGUCUACGCCUACCGCCUCCGCUAGUAUGUCGCGCCAGGUGUCGAACGAGUCGAACAUCACGUCUCCGCCCUCGUCCAUCGGACCUGUGUCCCCGCCUGAGGGUCACCCGAUUGGGGCACCCACUGCAAAGAAGGCCGCUCGUGUAUUCGACCCGGCGCGUGGUGUUGACCUGUUCAAGCGCGGGUCGGAAGAGGUGCUUGCACGCUUCCUCCGGAUGGGUUCGUGGGAGGAUGAGGCGAACGCUGCCUCUCCUCGGUAAAUCACGGUGAUAUGUGACGGAACUCAAGUGUGCGACGUGGUACUAUCUAGCUCGAGCAAACGUGC